AUUAGCAACUCCGAACCAUGCAGGAAUAUUUUCUGGUAUGGAAUUCGUGGUUCACACUGGAUUAUGAGCGGUCAAUCUCCAUUCCGACAAUGCACGAGGCAGGAAAAGGGCAAUGACGAGCCUAAGCAGGGUAUGUUGCUUGAUCGGUGGUGAUGUGAUGAUUUUGUAUAUAAGAUGGUUUGUGGGACAUUGAUAGAGGAGUCAAACCAGCUACAAGAGAGCAGAAGCAGAGCAUCGCCGUAGCACAACUGCCUCAAUUCUUUCCAUCAACUUGAAGUACCAUCAAAACAUCAUCCAAUUACAAGAUCCCCUCAGAACGUCCAUCACCACAAUGUCUUCUCCCUCUAACAAGACCUCUCCUACCGAUCUGCCACGCUACUCCACCACUGCACCACCACCAUACACAUCAUCCGAUGCGAACUCCAUGUUUUCAACGAAGUCAACAUCAAAGAGUAUCCUCAAGAAGAUGUUGAGCCUGAAUUCGACGUCGCAAUCAAGUAACCAAACGCGGAAGGAGACGGAAGAAAACGAGGCGAGAGCUGCAGCAAGAGCGGCGUACUUCUCUGGCCUUUAGAUCAGCUAUUGGUAUUGGGGAGAGAGAGAGAGAGAGAGAGAGAGAGA